GAUGGAUAUUGAACAAGAAUUGGAUGAACUUCGGGAAGAAAAAGCAAAACAACAAAGAAUACAACAAAGAUUGGCACAAAUACGUCAAGAUCAGAAAGAGUUUAGAGAAUCUGGAAUAAAAAAGAGUAGAAAAAUACGUAGAGGGAAGAGAUCUCGUUCAGUAGAAAAUGAUUUGGAGAAUGCUCCUCCUCCUGCAUCUUCUGAUAUUAUUACUUUAGAGGAUGAUAGUGACAACAAAAAUGAUUUUAAUAAAAGAAGAGAUAGAGAUUUACUUCUCAGUGAUAGCGAAGAAGAAGGCGAUGAAAAGAAAGCUUCCAAUAAUUCAAUUAAUGGUGACGCUCCAGAAAGUGAACCUGUCCUUCGGUGUAAUAAAUUAAUUUAUGCUAGUCGAACACAUUCUCAAUUGGAACAAUUUGUCAAAGAAUUGCAGAAAACAAAUUUCAAGCCACGAGUAUUAACAUUGGGUUCGAGGCAGAUGCUUUGUGUUAAUGAAGAAGUUCGCGAACUUGGAGAAGGCAAAUUAAUUAAUGAUAAAUGUAAUGAACUUCUUAGCAGUUCAGGCAAAAAUACUGAAGACGGGAAGCGUCCAAAAUUGGAAUGUGAAGUCCCAAAAAGUGGUUGUGGUUGUUCUUAUGCAAAAGGUGAUGCUAUAGAAGAAUUAUCUGAUGCAAUAUUGGCCGUUGAUGAAGAUGAAAAAUUUGUUGGUCAAGCUAGAGGAAUUUCACAAUUAGUAAAGUUGGGACGUCAAAGGCAUGGAUGUCCAUAUUAUGCAAGCAAAACAGCUUUAGGAUUAAGCCAAUUAAUUUUAGUCCCUUACAAUAUUUUAUUACAUAAAAGAACGAGGCAGGCGUGGAAUCUUGAUUUGUCAGGAAAUGUUAUUAUUGUUGAUGAAGCACAUAAUUUAUUACAAACAUUGGCUAGCAUACAUACUGUAGAAUUGAGCAAUAAUCAAUUAGAUGUUUGUUGUCAAUGUUUAAGUGAUUAUAUGGAACAUUUUCAAGAUCGUUUAAGUUUUCGCAAUUUACGUAAUGUUAAACAACUUCACUGCCUAGCAUAUUCAAUGUAUCAAUUUCUUGGUUCUAUUUCUAAAGAAAAAGGGUCUUCUACAGAUGGAACUGUUAUUAACAUGGCACAUUUUUUUGCUCAAUUAGGCGAUGCAAUAAAUAUAGACUUAUGCCGUUUACUUUCAUAUCUCGAAAAUUCACAAUUAUGCAGAAAAUUGAGAAAUUUUCGGCUAAGAUAUCGACCACAAGUGACAAUAUACAACCCUAAUCUUUCUCCUGUAAAUAUUACACCUUUAUAUCAACUUCGGGAUUUUAUUGAAGCUUUAACCUCUCGGUCAGAAGAUGCUCGUAUAGUUAUUGACAGAACAAAUAUUCGAGAUCCUCGUUUACGCUUUAUUUUGCUCAACCCAGCAGAAAAAUUAAGAGAUAUAGUAAAUGAAUGUAGAUCGUUAAUUUUACUUGGAGGAACAAUGAGACCAGUUGAUCAAUUAAUGGAUGCAUUUAAAAGAGUUUGUAAAAUACCCCAACAACGAAUUAAAGUAUUUUCUUGUGGACAUGUUAUUGGGCCUAAACAACUUUUGGCAAUUUCUAUUGGUGAAUUUUUCAAUUUUUUUCUGAAGAAAUUUAAAAAAUUUUUAGGUAAAGGACCAGAUGAUAAACCUUUAAGUUUAAAUUUUGCAAAUCGUGAUUCUGAAUCAGUUCUACGUUCAUUGGCCCAAUCUUUUAUUAAUUUAAUUAGACAAAUACCUAAUGGAGUUGUUGCUUUCUUUCCUAGUUAUGCUUUUCUUGGAACAUUUAUUCGGUCAAUCCGUUCUUCUGGACAUUUUGAACAAUUAGAGAGAAGAAAAGAAAUAUUUAUUGAAACACGUGCCGGAAAAGAAGAAACAUCCAUUUGGCCAACAUUUUGUAGAGCUGCUGUUACUCAACGUGGGGCUCUUUUAAUGGCUGUUGUUGGGGGGAAAUUGAGUGAAGGAAUUAAUUUCUCUGAUGAAUUGGGGCGGUGUGUUUUGAUGGUUGGUGUUCCUUAUCCAAAUAGACAAUCAGCUGAAUUACAAGAGAGAAUGAAAUUUGUUGAACAAACAAAUGGCCCAGGUGCCGGAAAUCGUUUUUACGAGCAAUUAUGUCUUCAAUCAUUAAAUCAGGCAAUUGGGCGUGUUAUUAGACACAAAAAUGAUUAUGCAGUUAUAUUAUUGUUAGAUUCUCGAUUUACUCAGCAAUUCUUAGGGAAUGGAUUACCUAAUUGGAUAAAACAAAGAUUAAUUAAUUCUUCAAAUUUUUCGGAAGCUUUGGGGGCUUUAAUUAAAUUUUUUCGUUUACACAAAACAGAAAAAGAAGAAAAAAUACAACAACAAAUAACUACAAAAUUAGUAAAUGAUCAAGAGAAUAGUAAUGAUGAUAUUAUUGAAUUGUGA